AUGCCAGAGCGGUUUCCUCCGAAAGGCAGCGCCGACUAUUACGACUGGGAGUUCUCUUUUUCAUCCUCAGAAGAACUACCAUUUCAAAACAUCGUCUACAUUCCCAAUAUUCCCAACGCCGGCAACAUGUAUCCUAUUCGCCAGAAGUCUAAGAGUACCUACGGAACUGUGCCGGAUAUUGCUGGCUACCCGGCAUCCCCAGAGCCCCAACAGCUUGGGGUUCCGACCAAUAUCCCCACCAACACUCCAUCCAACUCUCACAUCUCCACUCUUCAGCAGAUGGACUUUAUGGACACCCAACCAGACCCGCGGGUCUUCCUAUCUCCGGGGAACUACUCCACUGGAAGAAGAGGAUCAAUAGACACCGACACAAUUGGUUCUCAAUACGCAUGGUCCACUGCGUCUAACGCAGAAAUUCUCUCAACCCCGUCUCGCAUGCCCUCCUUUGAGACCUCCAUCGGCCCCACCACAGCACCCUUCAUCCAAAGCUAUUAUCCCCCGGGAUCUCUACAGCUCGGCAUGAGCGGCCCGGGCGUGUCGGGUUAUACUCCGCAGCAAAUCGACAAAUGGUGCAUUGAGAGCGAACCAGCCGCGGAAUUCUAUCAGCCACAGCCAUUCUCAAACAUGGGUUCUAUGCACUAUCCGCCAUCAGCAGUAGUCCAACCUGAGCCUUACCCAGCAUUCAACAACCGGCUCGAUACUGCGAACGAGCAGUGGCUCUCCUGCCCACCCCAUUCAUCUAAUCAGGUCCCAGAAGCCUUCUUUUCACUCCCCCGAUCCGUCUCAGCUCCUCGAUCCGUCCCAGCUCCAACAAUCUCAAUCUCCUCAUCCCCACCACACUCCAUCUCCGACCCAGAGUCUCCACCGGCCGCCCCAGGCUCGGCUUCCGGCUCCGGCUCCGGCUCCAACUCGGGCGACCUAAGCAACUACGGUAUCCCAAUGGGCGACGGCACCUGGCGCUGCGCCCACCCGGGAUGUUCCUCCCGAGCUGUAUUCCAUCGAGGCUGUGAUCUGAGGAAACACUUCAACCGUCACCGCAAGUACCUUUUCUGUCGCCAUGAGGGAUGUUCCCAGUCUGCGAAGAAUGGAUUUAGCAGCAAGAAGGACCGUGCUCGUCAUGAGGCGAAGCAUAACCCUGGUGUCUUCUGUGAGUGGGAGGGCUGUGGGAAGGUCUUCAGUCGUGUUGACAAUAUGAAGGACCAUGUGAGGAGGAUCCAUCGGAAGAGGGAGGCUGGAAGGGCUUAG